AUGGACACGCUCCUCGAGCAGAUCCGCGCCGGCCACGGCUCCAUGGUCGAGAUGGAGAAGGAAGGGCUCAAGCAUGUCUUCAUGGAGGUCCUCGAGAUGCUACGGGCGGAGGAUACUGCCAACGUCGUCGAGCUCGGACGAUGGAUCGAUGCUCUCGGCCAAGUGCUGGAAGGUCUGCCACCGACGAAGCGAGGGAUCUACCUCGGCGAUGCGAUUGCCAUGCUCAUGCGCAAGUCGUCGGGGCACAUCGCGCUCGACCCGUUGGUCGUCGGGUUCCUUGCUCGCAUCGCGACUACCCUAGCGUCUUCCCCGGACGCAUCUAUCAAGGUCCAGGAUCACAAGAAGGUCAUCUACGCUCUCUUGAGCAUCCUUGCACGCGCGCCAAAGCAUUACCUCGACAACGGCCCGUCAUCACCCAUCGAGAACCUCGUGAAAGCAUGCGUCGAAGUCAUUCCUCUGGUGCAUCUCUUCGCCAUGCAGCCAUGGCGGCAGUACGUGAUGAUGUGGCGAGCACUCGUGGCGCCUGGUGCGGAUGCUCCAUCGGACGACGAAGAAGACUCGGAAGACGAUGGCGACGACGACGCGGCCGAGAUCCGCAGAGUGUUUGAAGCCCGCUUGUGGGCCGCGAUCCCCGACGCAUUCCACAUCAAGUACUUGGGUCCAGACCUGAUUGGCGCAGAUAUGGGCGUCGCCGUGCUGGCGGCCUGGACGUGCCUCGGAGAACACGCGCCCUGGGCAAGUCUGUGCUCGUCCCUCACCAAGGCGGCCUUGGACACGAUCUCGCCGUAUGCUCAAGUGCUCAUGCAGCACGACGAUCCAAGCGUCAAAGUCAUUGGCGUACACAUGGUGGCUGCCACGCUGUCGUCGAAAGCCGCCAUGUCGGAAGCCAUUGCGCCGGACCAGUUCCAGACGUCGACAGACAAGAUCGUCGGCCUCGACGCCUACGCCGAGCAUGAACAGCGACGCCACCACUACCAGGCACUGCUCCAAGCCUUGUUGACGACAAUGGUCAUGGUGCCCGACGCCAAGGAUCGGCAACGGACGCUGCAAACGUGGCAGCAAGUCAUUGAGACGAUCACGGUCUCGUCACGGUUUCUGGUCCUCCGUUCGCUCAUUGAGCACUGUCCGUUUCCAAACGCCACUGCCGUCAUCGUCGACCGCGUCCGGGCCGAAGUCGCCCGCCAUUGGCUGCAUUACGUCGAGGAGACGCUGCCGUCCCUCGUCGCGUUGUUGACGCGGCUGCUUGCGCCGCUGCCCGAUGCCGAGUUUGUCCAGCGGAGCGAUGUGUAUACGAGCGCCCUCAGUCUCUAUCGUUUUGUACUGCUUCGUGACAAGGUGGACAACGUUUCUGGCUUGCACUCGAACACGGCUCUGGCGACGCACGUCAAGGGCCAGCGGCGACGUCUCACGGACCUCAUUGAAGCGCAAUUGCUGCUUGGUCCAGCACCGCAUGCGCAUGGGCAUCUUUGCGGCGCGUCACACGAGGACGCCACGUCGCCGUUUGUGACGAUGGAGAUGGCCGGCGCGUUGCCAACCGAGGCGUCGGGUCCCGCGCGUUACGACCUCUUUCGGCUCCAGCUCAUGGAAGGCGCCUUUGAGGCCGCGCUCGACGCACUCGCUACCCGACCUUGA